AUGGUAUGCGAAUUAUGCGGAGACCUUAAUGGUGGGAGAGAGCUUCUCGACAGGCGGCAGUCGGCAGGGUCUCCGCCUCCUCUCCGACGCAAUCACAAGCCCAAGUUGAACUGGCACGUCUCUGUGGAGGCCGCCGAGCGAUGCUACAUAUUCGCCGUGUUUUUGUCGGGCUGCCGAGGCGUUCUCCAGCAGCACUGCAUGGACGAGACUCGCAUCUCGAGCGUGGGGUUGCACUUUGGCUACCAGCAGUACAUGGGAGACGAGGCGGGCCGCGAGAAGCUGGUGCGCCUGCGCCUGGCCGAUGGGUCGAGUUUUGACAUUGAGCUCUUCACCCUCCAAGGUAGAGGCCGCCUCCCAUUUGGUACAUGA